AUGGAUCAUGCUUCCACUGAUGAAGGCAAGAGCGACUACUUUGAGAUUGGCAAGGUUCUUGGAACCGGCGGGCAGGGCACGACCUACUUGGCGACGGAUAAAAGGACUGGACAGCAGACAGUGUUGAAGCAGAUUUAUUGUUCUGGGCUUCAAGAAACUAACAAGGCGAUUGAAGAGGCGAUGAUGCUCUCUCGGCUGAAACACAGGCACGUUGUAUCUUACAACGAAGUAUUUCUUGGUUCAGACCUCACUAAGGGUAAUUAUGUCGGGAUUGUUAUGGAGUUCUGUUCCGGGGGCGAUCUUUAUCAAAUGCUGUGUCGUCAGAGAAGCAAGAAGAAGCCGAUCAGCGUGCGGAGGGUGAAAAUGUGGAUCUUGCAACUUUGUGAAGCCCUCAAGUAUCUGCACUCUCAGAAGGUCAUCCAUCGUGACGUCAAGCCUAUGAACGUGUUGCUAGAUGCAGAAGGAGAUCUGAAGAUAGCUGACUUUGGUCUUGCAAGACAUGGGGUCACUCAAAGCAAGCUCGCGAUGACCCAGUGCGGCACCCCAGGGUACGAGAGCCCGGAAGUUCAGAUGGGCCACGGCUAUGAUUUCAAGACGGACAUCUGGGGGCUAGGAUGUGUUGUGUGUGACAUGGCAACACUGAAGUUCAUGCAUGAGAGACCAGGGUCCUUGGCGACUCAAGUUCAAGUCGACCCGAAGGCGAUUGUCAAGGUCAUACAGCCGGUGAUGGACUUGUAUGGGCCAGACAUUCAUUCGCUUCUUUCUUCGAUGCUGCAACCUGAUCCAAAGAAGAGGCCAUCGGCGGCUGAGAUUGUCGAAUACAAAUUCUUGAAG